UCGGAUAAUAACAACAAAGGAGCAAGGCGGCACUUCAGUUUAACGUUGCUUUUCAUUUAAGUAAUUGAGCUACAGUUGUAAAAUGAAUUUGCACAAAUGUCUAAAUUUAAAUUGAAUAUGCUGCUGAAUCUAUACAGUAUAAUAAAGAGAAGCGAUUGUCAAGUUAAUGAAGUUAAUGUCUAUAUAUAUGUAGUCAGUUUGUGCAUUUUGCGUUCAUGGCGUUCUUUUAUGCUCAAAGCUGCAUUUAUUAGGUACUAGUUGUAGAGAUAAAUUACAAUGGAAAGCACUGUAACGCAGGCUUCUUCUGCAGAAAUGUCAGCUGCUCAGUCUAGCAAAGCUGAAACAUCCCAAACUCCUCCUGCUAAAGGAAAAGGUCUUCUGAAGAGAAAGGCUGAUUCUCUUAAGGAUGACAAGAGCAAAAAGAAAAAGAGAAAACCCGUCAAAAGAACUGUAAGACCAAAUUACACAGUCCAGGAGGGAGAAGACAUGCUUUUGAUCAUAUCAAAUAUAAGCAGUGGCGACAGUGUGUGGAAACCCAAGCGGAAGGUGUGUAAGAAAAAAAAGACAAGCAAAAAAGCCAAGACCAAAGGAUCUACUAGCAAAACGAAAAAAGCACCAGUAAAAACCGAAGUCCUUAAAGUAAGAGAGGAAACUGAUGAUAAACAUGUUGUUAUGGACAGUGCAAAAACAGAUAGUUUUGACCACUGGGGUCAGAGUUUACCAAUAGAGAUCCUGGUGAAAAUCUUUCAGUUUGCAGUUUUCCAGGAUGGAGCUGUACCUCUUCUUUGCAGGGUUGGCAGAGUUUGUCGUCUGUGGAAUGGAGCUGCAUCUUCUCCCAUUCUGUGGCGCAGUGUGUCUAUUGGAUACUGUUGGAUUGAACCCGGUAAGAGUCAGUUACCUGGGACAGAACAGAAGAUUAGGAACACUGUAGACUGGCUAGCUGAAAACAGAUUGUCUCAGCUGAGAGAGUUUUCCCUGUGCCAUUGGAAAAAAAAUGUGGAUUAUGUCAUUCAGAAAGUUUCACAAUCAUGCCCCAGUCUACAUUCUCUCAAGCUUUCCUACUGCACAGGAAUGACAGAAAAAGCCUUUCAAAAUCUUGGUGCUGGCUGUCAGUCAUUAGAGGAUAUAAAUGUGCAACACUCAGAGAUCAACGUCGAUGGUCUUGUGUCCUUCCUUGAGGCAUAUGGCAACCAAAUAAAAAAAAUUUACUUCACUCACAGCACAAAGAGUGACAAACUCCUCAGUGCUUUGUCUAAAGGUUGCUGUCCUGAGCUCAGGCUACUGGAGAUCAAUACUAAAUUAGACGGAGGAUACUGCCAGCUCCCCAUCUGCAUUCAAGCUUUGCAGAUUGGAUGCCCCAAACUUCAGACUUUUAGGUUGAUGAAUGUCACUCCAGUUCCUAAAAUGAUCCGCAACACCCCCCAGUCAACAUGUGGGUUUCCCAUGCUAGAGGAGCUGUGCAUUGCCACUUCCUCUCACUCCUUUAUGACUGACAAUGACCUGAACAAUGUUCUUCAUGGCUCCCCCAAUCUGCGUGUGCUGGACCUGCGUGGAGGCUCCCGCAUCACAUCCACUGGCCUCUAUGCUUUGCCUUGUGAGAGGCUGGAGUGUUUUUAUUGGGGCUUGUACUUUAACAGCAAUACCAUGGUAGCGUCUAAGAAAGGCAUACACAUGCUUGCCCAGAAAUGGAGCAACACCCUCAGGGAGCUUGAUUUGGCCAACCAGCCAUUUUCAGAAGAAGAUUUGGAGAUUGCAAUGGGACAUCUUUCUCACGGUGUUGGAGUUGACUUUUUUCGUUCCCUGAACCUUAGUGGUACAAGAAUCACUUCAUCGGCACUCAGGUUACUAAUAAACCAGGCACCAGCUCUGAAGUACUUGAAUCUGUCUUCCUGCCGUUAUUUGCCCAGAGGACUCAAACGUUUAUAUCAUGGUCAAGAAGACAUCCAGCUGCUCCUUGACAAAUUAGAUUAAAAUGUAUGGACUGCAGAUUUUUAUGUAUAAAUCUAAAGUUUCUUUGAAGUUAUUGAUAUACUUGCUGGUAACAUUUUCAAACAUGACUGUGUAUCUUUACUGCCCUACUCUUUUUUUCUUUCUUUUUUUUAUGAUGUUCAUGUGCUGGUAUGCAGUACAUGUUAAAUGUUGUAAAUGGUAAUAUUAUAACAAUUCUU